AUGGAAGAACCUUUAAUUUAAAAUGAAGAAUAAGAUUAAAAAAUUCCAAAUGAAAAAGUUAUGACAAGAUUAAUAAAAGGAGAAUUUAGAUUUGAAAGAAGGAAAUAUAUAUUUUUAAAUGUAAAUAGUGUGAAUUUAGUAAGUAAAAGCAUUAAGUAAUUAGAUAUUAACCAUAUAUAAUUUGAUUGGACCUAUUAAUAUAGAAGCCUAGAAAUCAUUAAUAUUUUAUGAAGAUACAAGAGUACCUUUAAAUGAUUAAGACUUUACUCUAAUGAAUUUAUUAAAUGCAUUGAUUGUUGUUCAUUUAUUGAGAAUUUUUACUUGUUUAUUAGGUUUCUUUAGUGUUUCAUAGGUAUUUAAUAAUAUCCAUUAUUUAGAAAUCAGGUAAAAUAAUGACAUAUUUUAUGAUUAUGUCAACUGUAUGUGUUCUAUGUAGAGGAAUUAUAUCAUUAUUAAUUGUCUUAAAUUAUACUGCAAUAAAAGAUACAUGUAAUUUAAUUUUUGGUGGUGGAACUGAUGAUAUUGGAUCUUUAAUGGCAAUGUAAUUUUUAGUUGUGCUUAUACUUUUUGUUAUUGCUGAAAUUCUGCUUGCUUUAAUCUCAUUAAUCUAAUGUUCUAAAACUAAAGAAGAAUAUCGAAGUAUUUAUUAUAUAUUAUUAUCUUAAGUUUGGAUCAAACAUAAAGAAAAAAUGAUGAAGAAUUAUGAAUUAUGUUAUGAAGUAGCAAUUUGUUAAUUAGACGAGUGAUUUAUAAAUAUG